GGGGGCGGCGCGGCCGGCACCGUGACUGGGGGAGGCUUUCCCGGGAGAGCUCGUCAGGAGCUGGCUCUGAAGAGAUCACUUUCUAGUUAAAGAUGGCUGCUGAUAGCUCUGUUGAAAUACUUCAAAAAGUUCUGGAGAAUGAAAUACUUCAGACUGCCAAGGUUGUGGAAGAACAUCUGGAUGCUGAAAUGCAGAAGUUGGACCAAAUGGAUGAAGAUGAAUUGGAAUGUCUUAAACAAAGGAGGCUUGAGGCACUAAAAAAGGCCCAGCAGCAGAAACAAGAGUGGCUUUCAAAAGGACAUGGAGAAUACAGAGAAAUCCCAAGUGAGAGAGACUUUUUCCAAGAAGUCAAAGAAAGUAAAAACGUGGUUUGCCAUUUCUAUAGAGACACAACGUUCAGGUGCCAAAUAAUGGACAAACAUUUGACUGUAUUGGCCAAAAAGCAUGUUGAGACAAAAUUCUUGAAAUUAAAUGCUGAAAAAUCUCCUUUCUUGUGCGAGAGACUGCGCAUCAAAGUAAUUCCCACUCUAGCACUAUUAAAAGAUGGAAAAACACAAGAUUAUAUUGUGGGCUUUACUGAUCUCGGUAACACUGAUGACUUCACUACUGAGACCUUAGAAUGGAGAUUAGGCUGUGCAGCCAUAAUUAAUUACAGUGGAAACUUGAUGGACCCACCUUUUCAAAGUCAAAAGAAAUUUGGAACAAGCUUUACGAAGUUGGAUAAAAAAACCAUCAGAGGAAAGAAAUAUGAUUCAGAUUCUGAUGAUGACUAGAAGAACAGCUAAAUGUAUUUGUAAAUCAUCUUUUGUUUAUGCUUGGUACAUUUCUAAGAAUGUUUUUUAUAAAGCUUACUGCUUUUCAUUACAUCUGCACAUAAUGCUCAUUUUUCUAUACAGUUUUAUACAACUGAGUCAUAGCAGAAAAAAGCUUAAUUUUUUUUUUUUUUCCCCCCCUCCUUUGGAAGUCAUUUGUAAUCCAAAAAUCUGAGUCCUCCUAACUAAAUAACGUGGCAAAUGAUGAACUUUGUCUUAAGUUUAUGAAGUGUUUUGAAAUAACUGUUAGAAACAACUGUACCAAGUCAGACCAAAGGUUCCUCUGGCCCAGCAUCCAGUCUCGGUGGCCAAAAGCAGAUGCACAAAGAAGAGUAAAAACAGGGUGAGCAGACAGCAAUGCUUCCCCAGAAGAUGCUUUAAGCAAUCUGUGGCCUGGGGAACUCUGUAUCUGAGAGCAUUUGAUGGUUAAAAUAGUGGAAGAAAAAUCUCUUUAAAUCCUCAUAGUAUCCUAGCAUCCACAUCAUAUGGCAAGGAGUCCACAGUUUAACUGUGUUGUGUGAAGAACUACUUCCUAUUGUUUUCCUUGAAUCUGACAGUUCCAGGUUUUUUUCUAAUUUUCUUUAUUAAAGGAGGUGAUAGACACUUUUUAAAAAGAUUUUUCCCUAUCAGUUCCUCUUCCAGUUGUCUCUUUACAUUUAUUAUUACUUAUAUUAUCAGUAAAGGGCCACAAAAUGAUUAGUAAAGGUAUUGUGCAUUUUAACAAAUGAUUGCUUACCUUAUGGUGCCAUAUCAUGACAUUGAGUAACUUAACUAUGUUGCACUAUAAGUUGUAAAAACAGUCAUAACUUCUGUGAAUUCUGAAAUAGAUGGUCAAGAGAAAUGCCCUUUUACCAUCUACGUACGCUGCAUGUUAAAGCUGGUACAGCAGGUAAUAGCACAUAGCAACAAGCAUAUUGAAAAGAGCCUUGUUCACGGGUUUAUAUAAUUCUGUGGUUUUGAAUGUGUGAAUUUUAUAGCAGAUGCUUUGUACAAGAGAGUAGAAUAGAGAAGGGUAUUUGGGAGAAACCUUGAUCCGUUAAGUUUAGAUAUAGCGCCGCAUACUGUGUACUGUUCUUCAGUAAUGGACAGAAUUUUCAAGGUAGAUCUUCCUUGGAAUGCAAUGUAAAAUUUCUGGCUAGGUGAAGAGUUGAUGAGUUUUCCUUUUGUUUCAAAAAAAAAAAAAAAAAAGUUUGCUGUGUGCUGAAGGACCCUUUUGAGGUGGUACUUUGAAUCCAGUUGGUCCAAAAAGCAGUGAAGUGGGUCUAGUCAGUCUCGCUGCCUUGUAGUGGAGAACACUUGUGACUGGGCCAGCCCAGCAAUAUAUCUCUGUAAGUAAGUUUAAAAAAUUAUAUUUUAUUUCUGUUCAUGUACAUUGAAAUAAAAUUAUUUUAAUUCUAA